UCUCACCCGGCACACAGCGCUCCGGGGCUCAGGAGCGGGCGGCAGAUCCGGGUGGGCAACGAGAGAGGCCGGGUAGACUGACGAAAACAGCGAGGACUUUGCCGUGCCGUGUGAAACCCUUGUAAACCCUGAUCCUGAGCCCUUCAAAGCCCGCCUGGGAGACCCUAGAUCCCCUCACCCUGAAAGGCUCCAAAUCCCCUCAGCCUCAAGGGACACCCAAUCCCGCCGCCGUCAGGGAACCCGAAUCCGCUAACUUCGUGGAACUUCACGUCUCCUCAGCAUUGGACCCCAAAGCAGCUCAGCUGCAGAAACCUCAUAUCGCGUCACCCGGAGAAACGCUAACCCCCCCAAUUCUUAGACCCCCAAAUGUCCUCAGCCCGAGGAGCCUGAAACGUAACACCCACAGAGAGAACGAAUUUCCCCAAUGUCCUGAACAGCCCCUGCCUGUGAACUCUUAAAUCCUUUCGGCUUCAAAGACCCCAAAUAACCUCAAUGUCAGGAAACCUAAAGCCCGUUAAUGAGAGAGUCCAAAUCUCCUCAGAAUAUGACUUAGCAUUUCCUCAGUCUCAAAGAUCCCAAAUCCUCUCAACCUGAGCGUUCUAAACCUCUUCAGCCAGAAAGACCCAAAUCUCGUCCUGAGAGACUGCCAAUAUCAUCAGCCUGAGGAACCCUAAGUGUCCUCAUGUUGAGGCCCCAAAUCCCCUUGACUUAAGAAACCCCAAUUCCCUCAGCCUGCGAGAGACCACAUCUCCUCACCCUGAGACAUCUCUGUCCCUUAGAGACUGAGCCUGUGUAUACCAGAUUUUUCCAGAAUCCCCAGGUGCACAUCCCAAGAAGCGCUUCUUUGAGAAAUAUUCACUUACUCUCCCCGGAACGGGCCGGCACUCAGGGGCCUCCAGGCCUCCUUGGUACUCCUCUGGCCUGGCACCUCAGGACUCUAACCAAACGCCCACAGCCACAUCCCUUUGCGACCUUUCCUCAUAGGGGCCGAGCCGCAGUAGAAUAAAAGAAACAAAAUCUAGCUCACGUUAGAAUGGCCUGUCGUUGCCAGGAGAGGUUCUCCAUCCCAUCACUACCCGCAGGUUUCCCCUGCAUCUCCUAAUCCUCCCUGGGCUGCCCACAUCUUUUCCGGGUACCCCACCCAGAUGGAGAAAACAGACAUGGGUCUGGGCAGUGGUCUGCGCUGUCACCCCCUGUCAGCACCUUCUCCUUCCACAGGUGCCUUGGCCUUAGGACAAAGAGACUCAUGGAGCCAUCGCCAGCCUCAGAGUCAGCGCGGGGCCAGCCUGGAGGUCCCGGCACCACGAGCCCCCUCAGAUUCCCGGAGCAGUCCGCUGAGAGAGGCUCAAGGAAAGCAAGAUGGAAGCCCACGGCCAAAGAUGCUUUCAAAGACAUUUCCAUAUACUUCUCCAAGGAAGAAUGGACAGAGAUGGGAGACUGGGAGAAAAUCCGAUACAGGAAUGUGAAAAGGAACUAUGAAGCGCUGAUGACUAUAGGUCUCAGAGCCCCUCGACCAGCUUUCAUGUGUCACCGCAGGCAGGCCAUCAAACCCCAAGUAGAUGUCACUGAGGAUUCCGAUGAAGAAUGGACGCCAAGGCAGCAAGUCAAACCUUCUUGGGUGGCAUCCAGAGUGGAUCAGAAUAAACAACACAAGGGAACCCACAGAGUGCCAUUAAGUAAGGAAUCUAGUUUGAAGGACUUCUCAGAAACAGCAAAGUUGCUGAACACAAGUGGCUCAGAGCAGGGCCAGAAACCAGUGUCCCUUCCUGGAGAAGCAAGUACCUCUGGACAUCACUCUAGACGAAAAUUGGAGCUCAGGAGAAAGGAGAUUGGAGUGAAGAUGUAUAGUCUACGAGAAAGAAAGGGCUUUGCGUACCAAGAGGUCAGCGAGCCCCAGGAUGAUGACUACCUCUAUUGUGAGAAGUGUCAGAAUUUCUUCAUUGACAGUUGCGCUGUUCAUGGACCCCCUACAUUCGUAAAGGACAAUGCAGUGGGCAAGGGGCAUCCCAACCGCUCAGCCCUCACUCUGCCCCCUGGUCUGAGAAUCAGACCAUCGAGCAUCCCUGAGGCUGGGCUUGGAGUAUGGAAUGAAGCAUCUGAUCUGCCACUGGGUACACACUUUGGCCCCUAUGAGGGCCAGAUCACCGAAGACGAAGAGGCAGCCAACAGUGGAUACUCCUGGCUGAUCACCAAAGGGAGAAACUGCUACGAGUAUGUGGAUGGAAAGGAUAACUCUUGGGCCAACUGGAUGAGGUAUGUGAACUGUGCCAGGGACGAUGAGGAGCAGAACCUGGUGGCCUUUCAGUAUCACAGGCAGAUCUUCUACCGAACCUGCCGGGUCAUCAGGCCAGGCUGUGAACUGCUAGUCUGGUAUGGGGACGAGUACGGCCAGGAGCUGGGCAUCAAGUGGGGAAGCAAGUGGAAGAGCGAGCUCUCAACAGGGAAAGGUGGGCACCAAUGCUCUUCAAAACAGAAAGAAAAGAAAGAAUUCUCCCUGGCAGUUUCCAUGUCCAGCUCUCGACAGAACCACAGCCAGACAUCCAUCGAUGUCCCUCCUGCUCGCUGGCCUUCUCCAGUCAGAAAUUCCUCAGCCAACAUGUGGAAUGCAAACACUCUUCUCAGAGCCUCCCACAAAUAUCUGCAAGAAAACAUUUCCAACCAGAGAAUCCCUGCCCAGGUGAUCAGAAUCAGCAGCAGCAGCAACAUUCUGAUCCACACAGCUGGAAUGACAAAGCAAAAUGUCAAGAGGUCAAAGAAAGGUCCAGACCUUUGCUUAAAAGUAUAA